GUGAUGGUUGUUUCGUGUGUGGUGCAAAGAUCGCGCCGAAGGAUUUCAGAUUUUCCAAAUUGCCCAGAAUCGAUAGGCUAUACUGCGGCAAAACGGUGUUCCUCUACUUAUGGCAUUAUCGCGUCUUUCGUGGACUCCACUAGGCUGACUGUGCUGCUCAAUGGGACGCACUUUGUUGCUGUUGGAGAAACAACACUCGACAGCAUGGUGUCCCUUUCCACACUCCUACUUCUGCGCUGUAACUGUUUGGAAUGUGAAGACACAUUUCCUCGAUUAAGCAUAAGGGAGUCAUUUCCAAUUGCAACACGGCUGUCUGAUUCCAAACAAGCUGGAUUCACAGGGCCUAAUGUAAGCAGCGCUGCUCCUGACUAUUACUCAGGCUGACUGAACCCUCUGGCGCAGAGGGAUGCGUGAAGAGACUAACCCCAGGUGUUGAUGUGACGUGAGGGGGCAGUCUCGCCCACCCCCGGACUACCAUGAUGGAACCUGGUUUUGCAGCUUCUCUGGAUCGCCUCCACCUCAACAGUGGUAUCUUCGACGCCGUCCACAACUGGAGCGUUCUCCACAAUGACACCAGGAGCAAUGAGACGUUGUCCCUGCAGGACUUUGUGUACAGCACAGCGCUUGGAGUGUUCUUGGGGCUAGUGUCUCUGUUGACGGUCCUCAUGAACCUUCUGGUCCUCUACGCCGUCAGGAGGGAGAAGAGCCUGCACACUGUAGGGAACCUGUACAUCGCCAGCCUCUCGGUGGCCGACCUGAUAGUGGGCGCCACGGUGAUGCCCCUGAACCUGGUGUACCUGCUGAGGGACGAGUGGUUGCUGGGCCGUGCAGUCUGCCAGUUUUGGCUCAUCAUGGAUUAUGUGGCCAGCACAGCCUCCAUUUUCAACCUCUUCAUAUUAUGUUUGGAUCGCUAUCGGUCGGUCAGGCAACCUUUGAAGUACCUAAAGUAUAGAACGAGGGGACGGGCGUGUCUGAUGAUCUCUGGGGCCUGGCUGCUGUCAAUGAUGUGGAUUGUUCCUAUUUUAGGUUGGAGAUGGUUCACCCCCGUGGACCUCAAACCAGAGGAUGAGAAUAAAUGUGAUACGGAUUUUCGCUUCGUAACCUGGUUCAAAGUGAUUACUGCUAUAUUCAACUUCUAUGUGCCCUCUAUUUUAAUGCUGUGGUUCUACACGCACAUCUACUUGGCAGUCAGGCAACAUCUGAGAGAGAGAGAGAGGAUUGUCCAUCCAACCGAUUCAUUUGGCGAUAAUGAGAUUGAACAUAGCGCUCUUAACCCAGAGGUAAGUGCUUGCAAAUCACCAGUGAGAAACAAAGACCCUUUGGGUAGAUAUACUAAGAAUGACCACUUGAUGGAUCAUAACACCCUCGAUCAAAGAUAUUCUCUCGAAGAAAUGGCAAUUCUGAAAUCUCAAAAGGAAAGUGCUCAGAGGUCAAUGCUCAUGAUGACAACGGAACAAAUAUCAAGAAAGAACAACAGGAGUUCUCCGGAACUCCUGUUGCAGAAGCAGACCAACACGACGACUAUUCCAAGUCUGCCGGGGGGGUCAGCUUGUAUAGCAUGUUUAGAUGAGCAUAAUGACAUCAAACACUACGUAUCCAUAAACGAGUGUCGUGUUACAGUGCCAAACUCAGUAAGUGGCGAAUUUGACUUAGGCCAUCUAUCAAAGGUAAAGCAGUACACUACUGUCAUGUACAACAAAGACGUUAGUCAGUCAACCCACUCGGUGGAGGAAACCAGUCAGGAGACCGCAUCAAAUCAAGCCAACGGUGUGACAAUGAAACAGACCUGGCAACGUUUUGUUGACCAAUCACGUCUCCGGAUCCAGUCACUUAGAAUCCGCAAAGAGCAUAAGGCAGCUAAGCAGCUGGGCUUCAUAAUAGCGGCAUUCUUGUUGUGUUGGAUUCCUUAUUUUAUAGCUUUCAUGGUCAUGGCAUUCUGUCAGAGGUGUGUGCACCAUGAUCUGCAUAUGUUCACCAUAUGGCUUGGGUACAUUAACUCAACUCUUAACCCCUUUAUAUACCCUCUCUGUAACGGCAACUUUAAAAAAGUUUUUAAAAGUAUUCUACAUAUACCUGAGCAUUUAUAAAUGCUUAUCGUGCCUGCAACAAAAUGCUUACUUGUGCCUAUACAUAAUGACUGGAUGAAGUCUCGAUACACAAAGUGGCUUUGAAUUGUAAAAAGUGUAAAUAGCAAAAAUAAUAAUAUAUUGAAUGUACUUUUUCCAUUACAGCCUGAGAAUAGUAAAAUACAAAUACAAACAAAUGUCAUAUAUAUAGAUAUAUAUGUUUUUUUGCGCUAUGGUGCCAUAUAAUAUUGCAGUGGAAGAUGGAAGACAAAAGCAAGAUAAAUACAAAACCAAAAUGAUAGGCGUAUUGAGUGAUUCAGUCUGGCUUCAGUCUAAGAGACACUGUGAUUGACACCUUUUUUUUGUUACUUUUGAGUCGUCAGUUCAAUUAUAAGCCUCCAGACAAUGUAUUGUACUUACUUGUAAAAGGCAAAGGGACUUAAAUGUGCGAAACAAGUUUCACAGCGUCCUAACAGGGUAUUGAAGUGAAUGAAAAACAUUUGUAUAGUAUUUUCCAAGGUUCACACGUUUUAUUUGGUGUCAAUAAAUACUAUUUAUUCUCAAUAUUUUUGUAUUAACGUAUACAUACUUUUCCUCAGUAUGUCAACUAAUGACAUGUCAUGGACCUGGUGUGCAUCCUUCAUUUGCUUUUACCUUUUCAAUGAGGGAACGCCUCACAAAAGGUUGCUCAAAUUGUAAUUAGAACUCUGUGUUUAACAAAAUGUUUAAUAAACCUGGUGUUUCAAGGGUGAGGACGUUUUUGAAAGAUGUCUCUAGGUGUUGUCCAAACUUUUUAAGACUAUUGUUUAUUUUUGAUGUGUGGACUGCUCAAUGCAAAGAACACUAAAUGUUUGUUUGAAAUGAUCUGUGGACUUGGACUCUAGAAAGCACACCCUCACCACCUGGAUAGGAUACGGAGGGAUUUACUAUCCCAAUCAAUCAUUCACAAGUAAUACAUAUUAGGUAUUUUAUUACCAUGCUGGAAAGAAAACAUGAUCAUUUAAAAUCAAUAAACACCAUUGUUUUAA